GAGCGCUGAUUUCGGUUUCAAAGAGGCGAGGCGAUAAAAGCGACGUCUUGAGAUGGCGGAAACUGCUCCUGCUCAACCACCAGCUGCGGCUACUUCAGCGCCUAAAAGCCCCAAGAAGAAGCGCGCCGCUCCAAAGGCCAAGAAGGUCGGCCCCAGCGUGUCCGAGCUCAUCCUCAAGGCUCUGGCCAGCAGCAAGGAGAGGAACGGCGUGUCUCUUCCUGCGCUCAAAAAGUCGCUUGCUGCCGGAGGAUACGACGUGGAGAAGAACAAUGCCCGCGUGAAGUUGGCCAUCAAGAAGCUCGUGGCCAAAGACGCCGUGGCGCAAGUGAAGGGCAGCGGCGCGUCUGGCUCUUUCAAACUCAACAAGGAAAAGGCUGCCGCAAAGGCGAAGCCCAAGUCGUCAACGGCAAAGCCCGCAGCUAAAAAGCCCGCGGCAGCCAAGAAGGUGAAGAAGCCCGCGGCAGCCAAGAAGACCGCGCCCAAGAAGUCUCCCAAGAAAGCAAAGAAGCCCGCGGCUGCCAAGGCGGCCAAGAGCCCCAAAAAGGUGAAGUCGGCUGUUAAGCCCAAGAAGGCGGCGAAGAGCCCAGCCAAGCCCAAGGCUGCGAAGCCCAAGGUCGCUAAGCCCAAGACCGUCAAGGCCAAGGCCGCCAAACCCAAGGUGGCCAAGCCCAAGAAGGCCGCGGCCAAGCCCAAGAAGACUGCGCCAAAGAAGUGAAUCCGAUGGGACGACCGACGCUCGAUUCACUCCACCUCAACGGCUCUUUUCAGAGCCACCCACUUCGUUAAAAAAGUGAACCAGAUGCUGCUGCGCUUCAAUUAGUUCAAAUUAACUGUGUAACAUUUCACCCACUCGAUGUGUUUUAAGCAUUGAUGUGAUGGGAGUGAUCGAGCCCGAAAGCAGGGAUCACAAACACAGGCGAGGCGGGUGGCAGCUCCCUCACUCGAACUGAGUGCAGAGUAAUCUCAGCGACGUCAGCAUUCUCGCUGGCGAUUCUAAUCUAAAUCCAGAUUCAAAAUCGAUGCAUUCUUGACGAACCUCCAAUUUUGAUUAUGUGUUGCACCUCUUCAUUC